UUUUUUUUUUUCUUUUUUCUUUUCUAAACCAAAAAAAAUCUCCUUCAGGUUCUCUUCCACUAUAAGGCUUGCUUUCCCUCUUUAUUUAACUUACCAACCAGUCGUCGCCUAUAUACAUUAUACCUCUGCAACUUCCUUUCUGGAAUCUUCCCCUUCAUUUUCUCAUUUCUCUCCUAGCUUUUCUUUUUCAUUUUUCCCAAAUGGGUUGGUUCUGGGCAGACUCCCCGUCGUUGCCAACACCUGUGGCUCCGAACCCAUUGGCAUCAUCGGACACCACACCCCCGCCAUCAUGUCCAAUGCACACGAGCAACUCGUCACCGGUGCCAUCCUCAGUUUCUGAACCACCUACUGCCUGCCCCGUCCGGUCUAAAGACUCUCCCUUUUAUGUGCCACCUAAGUCAAUAUCCUCAGAUACGCCAUUGCCUUCUAAAGCAGAAAACAAGUCAACCCUAUCAAAACUGAACCCUUUGAACUAUAUGUUUUCUUCCAUCUCUCAGGAACGAGCACCGAACCAAACCGUCGAUUUGCCGCUGGAGCGUGAACCUUCCUCUAUACCCCGCGGAGAUACAGAUAGCAAUUGGGAGUAUCCGUCUCCUCAGCAAAUGUACAAUGCAAUGUUGCGCAAAGGUCACACGGAUACCCCUCAGGAUGCAGUAGAGGCAAUGGUUGCAGUGCACAACUUUCUGAAUGAAGGCGCUUGGGAAGAAAUUGUCGGAUGGGAACGUUUAUUCUCAAAAGGUCUAAAAGAAGGCUGGGUAAAAUGUCGACGUGGCGAGGAGAACAUCGCAUUAGAUGCAGCCAGGGAGGAGCUGAUAGGUGCCGGUGCACUGGAGAAUCAGCCUCGUCUUCUCAGGUUCAAGGGUCGGCCACAGGAGCUUACUCCAAAGGCGCAAGUACUGCAAACACUGGGUUGGCUGUAUCCAGCAAAGUUUGGAACACCCCCACCGUUCGAUCGACACGACUGGUUUGUGAUGCGACAGACGCCGUCUGGCCCGAAAGAAGUGCGUUAUGUGAUUGAUUACUAUUCAGGGCCUCCGGAGCCAACAGGAGAGCCAGUUUUCUAUCUGGAUAUCAGGCCUGCCCUGGACACACCUACCGCUGCUAUUGAACGGUUGAUGAGAUGGGGAGGCGAUGUUUGGUGGCGAGCUACUGGUGCUGCAAUUCGAGAGGAUGGCGGGAACUAAUGGCUUAACUUGAUUGCUGAUGAUAUUGCUCUUCAGCGACGAUGACUCUCCACUCACCUGUAUACUGAACAAGGCGCGGGCGUCUAAUGGUCCUCCAUAGGGACGCAUCAUUCUAUAUCUUUUCUUUUAGCCUCCCUGUUUCUCUCUACACCUAACCUAAUCCUUUCACCCUUUUUUGUCUAAACAUGAAAUGGCUUUCUUUCAGAUAUAUGGACUGCUAGGCAGAUAAUGAUGGCAAUGAAGCAAUGGCGUCUACAGUUGUUAUUCUGGACGGAACAUGCGACCCGUGCUUACUUCUGGAUCUUUCUAGCAUUUCCCCUCGAAGAGGCUAUGUUUUAAUAGAGUAAUUUGUCUGGGGAAGUCUAUAUGGUCCUUGCAGGCCUAGUUUUUCCGAUACAAAGACGUCGCCUACCUUCAAGCUAAUUGACAGGGGCCUAUUACUAAAUGAUUUCGCUGGGCAUUCCAAUUACC